AUGGAGCAGGCCAACCACACGGUGGUGACUCAUUUCAUCCUCCUGGGUAUCCCCAACACCGACGGCCUCCAGACCAUUUUCUUCUUCACCUUCUUAGCCUUCUACCUCUGCACCCUGCUGGGCAACCUGCUCAUCCUAUCAGCCAUCCUUGGUGACCCCCGCCUGCACACCCCCAUGUACUUCUUCCUCUGCAACCUUGCUGUCGUGGACCUUUCAUUCCCUUCCGUCAGCAUCCCCAAAUUUCUGGCCAUCCUCUGGGCCAAGAACAGAACCAUCUCUCUGGGCGGGUGCAUGUCUCAGGUCUUCUUCUUCCACUUGUUGGGCAGCACCGAGUGCCUGCUCUACACCGUCAUGGCCUACGACCGGUACGUGGCCAUCUGCCACCCGCUGCGCUACCUGCUCAUCAUGAACCGCAGGGUGUGCGCCCUCCUGGCUGCUGGCUGCUGGAUCUCCAGCUCCUUCCACGCCACCAUCCUCUCCAGCCUGACCUUCACGCUGCCCUACUGCGGGUCCAACGUGGUGGACUAUUUCUUCUGCGAUAUCUUCCCCGUGGCCAAACUGGCCUGCGCGGACACGUACAUCAUCCAGACUGUGGUCUUCACCAACACUGGCAUGGUGCCCGUAAUCUGCUUCCUCCUCAUCCUCAUGUCCUACAUGAGGAUCGUCUACUCCGUCGUGAAGAUGAACUCGGCCGAAGGGCGGCGCAAAGCGGCCUCCACUUGCGCCUCCCAUCUGACUGUGGUGACGCUGUUCUUCGGGCCCAGUGCCCUGAUCUACACCCAGCCUGAGCUGAACAUGGUGAUGGUGACGGCUGUGGAGCUGUUUGGCUCCGUAGUGACACCAAUGCUGAACCCGGCCAUCUACACCCUGCGCAAUAAGGAGGUGAAAGCGGCUCUGAGAAAACUGACCGGGGGUCAGAAGCCUGCAUGUUGA